AUGGAUUAUGAAUAUGAAGUGGAAAAAGUAAUUGAUAAGAAAGAGGAAAACGGAAUUGAAUAUUAUUUUCUUAAAUGGAAAAAUUUUGAUGAAUCAUAUAAUACAUGGGAGCCUGCUCAGAAUUUGAAUUGUCCUGGAUUGCUACAAACUUUUAAUCUUGAGAAAGCGUUGGAACAAUGGUUAAUAGAAGAAGAUUUGUGUAUUCUUCGACAGCAGCCGCAAAAUGGUACAAUUCGUAAAAAAUCCAAAACGAAGAACAUGAUCGAAUUCGAGCAUUCGCACCAAACCUUUAUUCAUAAUGAUGAACCACCAAUUCCAAUUUUCAACGAUAUCGAUAAUCAAGGAAUUCCUCUAGAAUUCACUUAUGUUGAUGAUUAUGUAUAUGGAAAAGACGUUCCUCAUCCUGAACAAUAUCAAGGUCCUAUAGUUGGAUGUGACUGUGAAUUUGGUAAAUGCAAAGGAAAACAUUGUAGCUGCUUAAAAAAAGAAAAUGGAGGUCGCCUUUACUAUAACCGUAUAACCGGUGCCGUGAAUUUAGAACCUGGGAAUGCAAUUAUUGAAUGUAAUGAUGCAUGUUCCUGUGACUUAUCAUGCCCUAAUCGUGUAACGCAACGUCGGCGAAAUGUCAACUUGGGACUGAAAAGAUUCGCGGAAAAAGGAUGGGGAGUCAUCGCGUUACAACGUAUCCCAAAGGACUCGUUUAUUACUUAUUAUCUUGGAGAAAUUAUAACAUCGCAGGAAGCUGAUUUACGUGGAAAUAAAUACGAUGAAGUAGGAAAAACUUAUUUAUUUGAUAUUGAUUUCUACGAUGACGAUAGCACCGCAACAUCAUUUUUCACAAUCGAUGCUUGUAAAUAUGGAAAUAUUUCACACUUUUUUAAUCAUUCAUGUGAUCCAAAUCUUGUGGUAUUUCCGGUGCUUAAUGGCACAUGUGAUAUAAGGCUUCAUCAUGUCGCUUUUUUUGCAAAAAGAGAUAUUGAAUUUGGAGACGAACUUACUUUUGAUUAUGUUGGUGCAGUCGAGUCAAAACAUACAAGCGAUGGUAGUAGAAUGGAUGUUGACGUUCAAAUACAAGAAGAGAAUAUAUCAAAGUUUGAAUGUUGUUGGAUGUGGAACGGUGGAACUGAUUUUGCAAGAAUUGUUAAUCCUAGUAAUAUUGAAAGGAAAACAGCUA